CAAUCUCGCAGGACUUGUUAGCGUAUCACGUGCCAGAUUCUUAAUGAAGUGGACAUACAGGGGCCCGGUGUGCGCAUGCGCUUGGUGUAAAAUGUAGUUGGAAAUGAGGUGUCCGUCUUGGAGUAGUCGACUUUUAAAAAGCAUCGGCAGCCCGUGAUAUGACGACUUCGCUGGUUCUGCAUCCACGCUGGGCGGACACCUUCAUGUACGUUUAUGAAAAAAGCCCGAAUGAAAACAAUCAGAAUAAAAGCCAAACAAUGGAGGGACUGAGCGGUAAUUGCCCUGCGACCCACUGCAGGGACCUGAUGUCGCACCCCGCGCUGGGACGACAUUCUGGCAGCAUAGCGACCCACCAGGGCUCCGUCUACUCGGAUAUUUCCUCACCAGACACCGGCCGGCAGUGUCCUGCUCCUCAGACAUCCUCGAGUGCAUCUUUGAGUUACGGUUACCCGUUUGGAAACCCAUAUUAUGGCUGUCGGUUAUCUCACUCGCACAACGUGAACUUGCAGCAGAAGCCCUGCUCGUACCACCCGGCAGAGAAAUACGCCGAGCCCAGCACGGCGCUGCCCUCGGAAGAACUGUCCACGAGGGCGAAAGAGUUCGCCUUCUACCCCAGUUUCGCGAGCUCGUAUCAAGCUGUCCCCGGAUAUCUGGACGUGUCGGUGGUGCCCAGUAUCAGCGCCCACCCUGAACCGCGACACGACGCCCUGAUCCCCAUGGAAGGCUACCAGCACUGGGCUCUCUCCAAUGGCUGGGAUGGGCAGGUGUACUGCUCCAAAGAGCAAACGCAGUCCACUCAUCUUUGGAAAUCACCCUUCCCAGACGUCGUGCCAUUGCAGCCUGAGGUCAGCAGUUAUCGUCGCGGGCGUAAAAAGCGAGUCCCUUAUACCAAGAUCCAGCUGAAGGAGCUGGAGAAGGAGUACGCCGCCAGCAAGUUCAUCACCAAAGACAAGAGAAGGCGCAUCUCAGCCGCCACCAAUCUCUCAGAGCGCCAAGUCACUAUCUGGUUCCAAAACCGGCGGGUCAAGGAGAAGAAAUUCGUCAGUAAAUCCAAGAACAAUCACAUGCACACCACUUGAUAAGAUGGGCGACUUUCUUGAAACUACAACUCAUACCUUCCAAAACAAUAUGCCAUGCUUUUACCUCUCACAUUGAAAAAAAAAAAAAAAACGUGAUUGAUGAACAUCUUGGCUGAGUGUUUUUUUUAUUUUUAAUUUAAAUUCCAUCAUCAACUCCAUCGACCAUAAACAAGACCCCCAGUUCUCAGUUUAGAGAUGUUGCUCUAAAAACUGUGAAAAUAAAUAAAAUUUCACUCCACGUUUGUUUUAUAGGAAUGUACAUAUAUAAAUAUAUAAUAUUUAAAAUGAUAUCUGUAUUUCAAAGACAAGUAUUGCGUGUUUUCUUUCCCUGUGUUUCUGAUUUUCAAGCCAAAUCUUAAAAGGACUGAUGACAUUUCCAAGAAUUGCGACGCGGGCAGAUCGAAACAGAUGAGACCGAACUGUAAUCAUUUCAGAAAGACGGUUGCCAUAUGGACAAAAAUUGUUGUGGAGUGGCGACACCUCGAACUUGAGACUUUAAUCCUCUUCCACAGCAGCUGACGGACGAGACUUUCGGCAGAAAGAGUGAUCAACAAAAGAAGAUUCCGCCUGAAUUUCCAAACGGUUUUGUGUGCGGGAUAUGUUCUGUUAAGCCUGGGGUAAAACAUAGGCUGCUAAGUUGUUAAUCUGUAUAGUGCAAUGCCUUCCUUAUUUAAUUCAUAUUAUCUAGUAUGGCGGAUCUGUAAACUGGACUAUCACAAACCUGUAUGUUUUCCUUUAUCAGCAAGGGAUUCUGUCAUGCAACUGGAAUGAUUGUAAACCAUUAAAGUCAGUGAGUAUUACAUAUAAAUGCACAAUCGUUUUAUUUUGUUCUGACAUUAGAAUUGGAGCUGAUCAGACGCCUUGUACGAAUCCUGUAAUUUCUACUUUGGUGCAACUGUAUUGUGGUGUUGAAUUGCGUACUGGUAACGUGUUUCAUAAAUAAAUGAUGAUUAUUAAAAUGCUCAACUAUUCAA